GGUGGUUGAUGCCACAUAAAUUUUGGUGCAGAGAGAGAAAGAAUGGGAGCAUGGAAUCUGAAUUGGGGGGCCUAUAGACAUUUUCUUUCGGAACCAUGGACCACACAUUUCGCUCUAUAAGAAGCCCUUUUGGAGCCCCAUUUGUAACACUGCUUCAAGGGGUUUCAAGUUAAUUUCAACACACACACUGUCUCUGUACACUCCAAAGUGUAAGUUAACAAAAAGAAAGGAAGGAGCAUAGACACAAAGAUGAGCAAAGACUCCACGAGAGGUUCAAAGAAGAAAGUUUCAUGCAGAAGGCUUGGAGGGUACCUCAAAGAGCAGAAAGGAAGACUAUACAUUAUCAGAAGAUGUGUAGUCAUGCUUCUCUGCUGGCAUGACUAGAAUCAUUCUCAUCAACAACCAUUAUAGUGUUUGACGUUCUUCUUUGCUCAUCAUAUCGAUCGUGGAUCAGCAGCACACACUAGAGUCCUAGAAGCCAUAGCCAAGGAUCAAAGUUAAAGCAUGCAGAAAAAAGAUAAAUGUUUUGCUAGCUCUUUUUAAUAUUAUUAUUAUUAUUCCCUAUGUAAAUAGCAGAGAAAGUAACGUUAGAGACAAUUUUCCUUCAUAUCAUGCCUAAAAAAUGUAUGUUCUCUACGUGCAAAUGGUGAAAUUAGUGAAUAAAAAUUCAGUUUCUAUUUUGCACUUGA